AUGAUGAAGAGACUAAAACGCUGCAGCAGCAGCAGCUUACCAGAAACCAUAUGGGACUAUGAUGAUAUCUUUUCGGAAAUCCUUGUCCGUGUUCCAGCUCAAAUUCUGCUCCGCUUCAAAUGUGUCUCCAAGAAUUGGCUCUCUUUUAUCUCUGACCCCAAGUUCUGUCACCUUCACACCCUUCGGAACCCGAACCCUUCCGCUUCCGCGGUCUUUUGCAAUCUCACCAGAUACAUUAGCUUUAUCCCUCUUGAUUUGGAUCAUGAUCGCACUACUAGUACAGGGUCUGGUUCACCCAGCUGCAACCCUCUGAAAUUCAUUGCGAACGUAUGUCAUGACAACAUCAAGAUUAUCCAGUCCUGCAACGGCCUCUUCUUGUGCCAUCCUGAAAUUGUACUGAACUCUGUUAUCCACAGGUCGGACGUGCGGCGAGUUAUUACACCUCUUUAUCAUUAUGUUCUCAAUCCCACAACCAACCAGUUCACCAAACUUGUUCCUCCAGCUGCUGCCGCCGCCACUACUACUGAACCCCGAAUCUUCGGCUGUGCUUUGGCUUUUGACCCUUCCAAAUCACCUCAUUACAAGGUGGUCUUCCUUUGGUUCCGUGAUGAACCAACUCCAUGCGGCUGGUGCAGUUACCAUAACAUAGAGAUAUAUUCUUCUGAGACUAAAAGUUGGAGUCUUGUCAAUUCUUCUUUUGAAACUCAAGGUCAAAUUUCCUACCAAGAUGGGGUAUACUGCAACGGUGCAGUUCACUGGGUUGGCCGGAUUUGUGAGAUGGCAUAUUAUCACUUAGAUGAAGAGCGUGUUGGAUUGGUUGAUGGUCUUCCUCGUUGUGAGGAGAACUGGGAAACUAGGGAGUAUAGAUACUUUAAGGAGUCUAGUGACAGCCAUUUGCAUCUUAUUGAUAUUUAUUCGCCUUGUUUUACUAAAUUUGAAGUGUUGGAGAUGGGAAGAGACUACUCUGGGUGGUUUGUCAAGUACAAUGUGGAUCUUGAUCUUUUAUGCACCGCUUACCCACGCUUUAAGGUGUUUUGUGUUCUCUUUCUUGCUAAAGGGGAAAAUGAAGAGGAAAGUUCAUCUCUGUUGCUGCAUGCUCCUGGAAAAGUCUUCUCUUACAAUGUUAAGAGUAACACCUUCAAAUCUUUCGACUUAACACCUCAAGCCGGUGUUGGUCAGCGUAGUAAUUAUCGAUAUAUGGAGUCCUUGGCUUGUGUGUGA